GUCUCAUCAAUAGUAGGAACUACUUCCUCUUGCAAACAUUUGGUGCAGAACCUUUCGUCAUAACCACUCGUCCCAGCAAUCAAGCAGAAUGUCUGUUGACCAGUAUCCCGUGCGUCCCAAUCUGACCGUGGACACGGAUGAAAUUACCGGAUAUGUUGACCCUUGGGUGUUAUCGCCUGGUGAGACCGGUGACGUGAAAAUAUCCUCCACACGCCCCAAUCUCAAGUACCAGACUGUGCGGUUGCUGCAAGGGCUUGACAUGCCCCAUGCCCCAACCCCGGAGAGGAAAUUGGUGGAGAAUGGGCCCAAGGGAGAGCUGAAGGGGCGCUUCCAGGCGUCAUACCCCGGCUCGUAUGGUAUUGUUGACGGCUGGACAAGAGAACCGCUCCUGGACAAGGCUGAGGGACUUGAGAUUUCUUUCUAUGCCCAGCCAUGGAUGCUGGAUGCGCGUUAUCCCCAAGCACUGCUGUCGACGCUCGACGUCAAGACUUCGUCUGGUGUGUGCAUCCUGCUGGACCCCCAGAACAACUUGGUCUUCUGGAUCGGCACCGGGACUGCGGUCGAGACCGUCAAGGUGUCAUGUCCGGUCCGCCAGCAACGCUGGCUCCAUCUGCGCUUCUCGGUCAAGGAAAAGGCAGUCGAGGUGGACAUCAUCCACCUGCCUGCCGACAACGAGCUCGCACCGCCACCAACCAAGGUCCAGACCUCGCUAAAGGACGCUGCAAAGCUCGAAUCGUCGAGCAGGCCGCUCCUCUUCGCCGCCACCUUCGCCGCCAACCCCCAGACCGACUCGCCGCGCGCCGUUCACUUCUUCAACGGACGACUCGACUCGCCGCGGUUCACGGCGCUGGGUCGGGCGUCGUGGGACAUCGCCAAGUACGACUUCUCCUUGGGGAUCGACACAGACGAGAUCACAGACGUGUCGGGAUCCGGGUUGAGCGGGAGGCUGAUCAACGCGCCGACGCGGGCGGUGCGCGGCCACGACUACGACCACAGCCUCACGGGGGUGUCGUGGAAGGACGCCAAGCACGGGUUCGGGUCGAUACACUUCCACGACGACGACCUCGACGAUGCCGCGUGGGAGACCGACUUCCAGAUCACGGUGCCGGCCGACGCGAGGUCCGGCGCGUACGCCAUCGAGGUGAGCGACACCGAGUCCGGGCUCAAGGACUCGAUCGUCUUCUUCGUGCGGCCCAAGCAGGUGCGCUCGCAGGCCAAGGUCGCGUUCGUGUUCUCGACGUUCACGUACCUGGCCUACGCCAACGAGCACAUGUACGACGAGACCAAGUCGACGCACAUCUCCUUCCCCGAGGGCGUGCAGCUGAUGGAGUCGGACAACUACCACAAGAUGGUGCAGCGCGGGGACCUGGGGUUGGCUAUCUACGACCUGCACAGCGACGGGUCGGGCGUCGUCUACAGCACCUCCAAGCGGCCAGUCCUGAACAUGAGGCCUGAUUACAUCCACUGGGGAUUCCAGCGGCCGCGCGAGUUCUCUGCUGACUUGAUCAUGGUCGGCUUCCUGGAGAAGCUGCUGGGAGACGGCUACGACACUUUGACGGACCACGACCUGCAUCUCCGUGGCUCUGCUGCCUUGGCUGGGUACGAUGUUGUCAUAACUGGCUCGCAUCCCGAGUAUCCAUCCAUGGAGUCCCUAGAUGCCUACGAGGGCCAUCUCCGGAGGGGCGGCUCGCUCAUGUACACCGGGGGCAACGGGUUCUACUGGCGUUCCGUGACACAACCCCAGAAGCCGCACCGCAUGGAAGUCCGCCGCGCCGACGUGGGGGCCCGCACGCACGAGCUCCCCGCGGGCGAGCGCUACCACUCCCUGAACGGGCAACUGGGCGGCCUAUGGCGAUCGCUGGGGCGCGCGCCGAACCUCCUAUGGGGCAUCGGCAGUUCCGCGUCGGGCAAAGGGCCAGGGCGGCCCUUCCUGCCCAUUGAGUCGGCGCUCAACGAUCCGGCUCUGGCGUGGGUUUGGGCGGGACUGGACGAGCACUCACGCAAACGGCUGGGCGAGCAGGGGCUGGCUGGGGGCGCCAGCGGGGAUGAGCUGGACAGGCUGGACACGGCCAUUGGAACCCCGCGGGAUGCGGUUCUUCUGGCGCGCAGCGAGAGGCACGACGACCACUUCAUGCUGUUCAACGAGGAGCUGAUCUUCCCAAUGAUCGGCACGCUGGGGUCGACGUCGCCACUGGUACGCAGCGACCUGGUCUAUUAUAAGGCCAACGGCGGCGGCUCUGUGUUCAGCGUCGGCAGCAUCAACUGGAACAACUCUCUGGCGUGGGACGGCUACAAGAACGACAUCGCAACCGUGACGGAGAACGUCCUCCGCGAGUUCUUGGCUCGUGGCGCUAAGAGGGGAGCAGAGUAA